AUGGCAGAACAAAGCUCAUCCCUUCUAUGCUGCAUAUGCAUUCAAACAAAACCCUCGGACGAGUUUACACCCAAUUUCCCUGAACCCGUUUGCAAGGACUGCGAACCAUAUGGUGAUCUCUCCUGGGUUCUCAGAACUCACCAGGUUGCGCUGGACAAGGCCAAACGGCUCCGACAGAGUCUCCUCAACAAGGCGCAGAAGAUCAGACGAAUUCCUCAGCCACAGUACGAUGUCAAGGUAUCGCAGAAUGCCGAAUUCCUCCGGCUUCUAAUUCGCCACAUGGACCGUUGGUUGAAGCGUUUCGAAGCAGACUUUCUGGAUUCGAAGACAUUGCUGUCCAAACAUUGCGAGUUUUCUUCCGACAGAGACACGCUUGACCGGGGCUACGUUACAGAUGGGCAUCUGGUCUUACUUCAGAUAAUGAAGGAAACUUAUGCCUAUAAACAACGAUGGGACGAGUUGUUACGCAACAAUCAAGAACCAGAUGACCUAAAUCCUCCAGAGUUCACCACGGAAAUGCUCGUGGAUAUUAUAAAGAGAUGCCCUGUUAUCCAAUAUCGCUCAGAACGGUAUAAUGAGAGGGAACUCGCAGGGCCCAAGCGAACUAAGAGCUACUAUGAUGAUACAUGGCUGCUGGAGAACGUUGGAAAUCGAUUUCUUGUCUUCAGCAGCGAGCGAGUACUGUCGUUUAAGCCCAGACCGGUUAAGCUGAGGCACGGUCCAGUUUCGGCGGUCAUCACGAGGGAGGACCUUAACCCUGAGCCCGGGCAAGAUCUUACUGGUUUCUUCCGCAUGAAGCGAAAAAGAACAAAGCAACAAACAAGCCUGAUAAUCUUCGCAGCACUCCCUUAUGCUAUGAGAGUUAAUUACGUGCUGCAAAGGGCUCAUAGUGAUAUUUUUGCUGUAUUGAGUAUGCUGCCUCUGAGUCAGCUAGGGUGGGCUUACGAAUACCGAUAUAAGCUUGCGGAUCGAGUAUGGACAAGGCGUAUCAUUAAAGAGGACAUGGGUGACGACGAUCGCAAUAUUCUAGCCCGCAUAAGUGACUUUUGGACGGAUAGGCCCGACCCUGAACACAGUCUUGACGAGGAAAACGCGUCUUCCGGAGAUGACGAUAUAGACGAAGUGUCUAGCGACCUGGAUUCUGGGGAUGCUGUCCACAGUGUCCAGUGGCCACGACUCCAUUAUGUAGACAAAUAUCCAGACAUAUGGUCCAAUACGAAAGAUCUUCUUGGAGAUCAUACAGAGUUCUUUCAGCUUCUUGUCGACGCGAAAACUAAGGGAUGUCCGAUAGGCCGCACGAUAUUAGAGCCCAUUAUACAACUUGCUUCUCGCGGUAAAGUUCAGAGGCAAGACAACUGUACCGGGGUAGUUGUAUCGGACCUCAUCUCACUACUGCCCGGCCGCCCGGUAACUAGGUUUUUGUUGCACGAUGCGAUCGAGGCUGCAUGCCGCUUGAGCUCAGAGUACUGUGUGGUCUCUCCAAGCGCUAUCGACAACUUCCUAAUUGGAAACCUACGGCCUAUUGAGUCCUUUUUCAAAGCCGAUAUACCAGAUGGCCAGUCGCAGCCCCCAGCUGUCUUUUUCCUCCUUCCGCCUGAUGAAUAUCCUCAAGAGUUGGCGGUAACUGCCCUGACUACAACCUAUGCUAGCACUAUUAUUAUCGGUAUUAAAAACCGAGGCAUAGGCAAACAAUCUACUUUCGAGGUAAUUCUAGAGCAGAUCUGGAAAGGACUCUUCACGAGUGAGCGCGAGAUUGCCCGCCGGUUUAUGUAUCUGGAGCUCGAUGGGAGGCCUAAGCCAGAAGUCUCAUCCUUGCUGAUCAGGUCCGCUCUCGAAAUCAGCCUACUGCGCAACAUACCAGACUAUUUCGAGCUGGCUGCUGGUCGUAAGAAUGAUAAGCACAAGCGCUUGAGGAUUGAGCGUUGGGUUAAGAAGGAAGGAUCAUCGAAUACCUUCCGUGCCCGAGCUGCAAAAGAAAUCUGCAGACACUCCGGCUCAUUCGGCCCUCUUCUGUUGCCAGGGCAAGCUGAUCCAAGUGUUCGAUCGGAAAAAUUGACGUCGGAUGAUGAGGAGUCCUCGAAAGACAGCGAGCCUAGCGACGAAGAUGAUAGCUUGGAUCUACAGGAAGAUGGCACUGCAUUGGACUUCGAUGCUAUCGCCACAGAGUUCAACAAUUUCGACAUGAGUGAUGUGGCCCGAGUGGAGGAACUUGCCUGCCUUGCAUUUGAAAGAGACCCAGGUCGGAGACCUCACUUUACGAUAUCGAGCAAAGACGAGUUGGACAUUUUGCAUUCACCGGAUAGUCCAGACUCACGUACAAGGGGUCAGGAGCACCAGAUGAAGCUGACCCGGUUAAACUUCUUCCGGCAUAUUCUAUCGAAUAUCGCCAAAUUAAGCCUCGUUUCGUACACCCCCAACUUCCGCAGGGCCUAUAGCAUGCCCAUAUUCAAUGAUUCCGCUUGGCCUCUGUUUAUGGCUGCGAAUUCGUCGGAGGAAGGUAUCGAUCGCCUCUUGGCCUUGAUGACCGAUUUCUCGUUUCACGAUAAGGCCAUCCAGUACAUCCUUGGCCGAGAAACGUGGCCGAAAACAAUGUUCGACACGCUCCCUAAGGUCGAGAUCAGCCAGCCGAAAGCAAUGUCUAUGAAUUAUGGGCAGUACCUGGGCAUAGCUCCGAUGCCCUGCGGAGACUAUUGGUUUUAUGCCGGAAGCGCAACUCAGAAGAUACCUAGUUUCGACACCUCUACAGGUAUGGCUGCUAGGAUGUUCCAUGGCCACCAGGCCAUUCUCGAGAAAGGUCAGGAUUGGAUCGAAAAUGCGAGGAGUAAGGGAUCCUGCAGAGUAUUUUUAAUACAUGAGAAGAUGGCUGCCUCCGACAGACCGUUCUUCGUCUCGAUGCUUGACUAUCCACAGCAGAAGACGUCACGACUGGACAGCUGGAGCCUGUCCAGAUCCUCCGACAGUCCCACAGAACAACUCAACACCCUUUUGAAGGAGCACUGGGAGAAGACUGGCUCAAAUGCCCUGACUGACGCACAGAUCAAAAGUAUUUGCAACCGAAUGGAUUGGAAGAUCAGAGCUAAAAAACUUGUGGAGAGAAGUUACCAAUCUUUCCUUCUGGCACGCGGCCAAGUUUACGACUAUGCCAAGCCAAGUCCAUUGAAGGUGUGCAGCUACCUGUGGUCUGCGAUAGUCCAGUCUAUCGAGGAGGCUGGUACAGAGUUGGUGGAAAAGGACGGAGCUUAUGAUCUGGACUUUCGAAGUCUCAAUCUCAGCCGAGUAUCACAAAUAGCGACUGAGGCGGCCCCGCCGGAUAUGAAGAACUACUUUACAAAGAGCCGUUGCUAUUUGCUCUUGAAUAAUACCGAAAAGUUCUCUCGUGGCAAGCUGCUCCGUGACUUUUUCCUCUUACCGAGCAAUUGGAUCCAACUGCAACAAGGCCACUUAAACAUUGACAACAUCCGAAGCCAUCUGCAAGAGGCAAUAUCCAUCAGGCGCAGGAUAACAGAUAUUACCCACCGCAUUAUCUACAAGGCUCUAAAUGAUCGCCAUCUGGUAGAGAUUAAGAGCGAUAAUUCGGUAUGGGUAACUGCGAAGUCAGUCUUUGAUAGCCCGGAGCUUGUUGCACUUGCUGUGCAACAGCUCCAGGUUGACACGCACAUAGCUAAGGAUGUGCAUGUUACGAGGGAAGCAUGGAGUAGCAUUCGGCUGGAGUAUAUUAUUGGCAAAGCUAUAUCAAAGGCAUUGCAAACUCUUCGGCGCUCGGGUCUGCCCCUAAGAGAAUGGAAGGCCUGGUCCCAUUUGACGGAAGUCGAGAGCGGAUGGAUCAGCGAUUAUGGACAAGUACAGCCGAAGGGAAAAGUGAAAGUGCAGCCUGAUAUGAGUUCCUCCUACAGCGUGUCAGGUCCCGCGAUGUCCAUGAUCGAAGAGGUGGCCGAUCUAUCUGCAGAGGAAUUCGAGAUCCUGAGGAGGAUGCUUGCGCAGUCAGUGCGGUCCACCGAUGAGAUCUCUGGCGAACUACCACGAUUACCUCAACCGCUACCGGAGAAUGAUAAAGCUGUUAAUAAUGGGUUCUUCCAGGUCCUGGAUCGUGAUGGUCAACAUCACAAGAGCAAGAUCUUCAAGAUCACUAGUCGUCCUCGCGUACAAAAGACCAGCAAAACGCAACUACCGGGGACAGCAGACUAUCUAGAGGGCUGGGAGAUUAUUCCCACUGAGUCACAAAACCUUGAAUGUGGUCUCUUUGCUCUGGUGCACAGCUUGGAGCACCAGAUGCCGAACUUGCCGAUACCUAUAAUAUCGGUCCUCAGAGAUAUCAUAAACGGGCCAUUCAUUACUGGCCGAGCCCUUGAAGCGAGUGUCGUCCACAACACCAACCACUUCACAGUCGACCAAAUCGCUGCCGCGCUGAUGAUCUGGGGGGACUCUAUAGACACAGCGCUGCAACUAGGAGUCAUCACCCCGACUCAGCCGCCAUGGGUGGUAUUCGCUGAGUCCGGCCGCAGCACCCUGUGGAUUUUCAGUAACGAUGCUGAGGCAUCUGGAACUGCCACGAUAAGUCACUACUCAGGCCUAAAGCCCCGUAUUAUCGCCGACAGCCAGCCGCAACUGGCCAUAGAGUCCUCAUUAUUUGUGACAGAGCAAGUAGAUUCUCAGCUACCACCGGCAGGGGACAGAAACCCUCUACCAUUACCGAAAGUGGGAGUGAACUCGAAGAAGAAAAGUGCGUCCACACAGCUCGGAAUACAUGCAAGCGACUUCCCCAGCGAGCGGGAGUGUCCAAGAUCGCACACAUCAGGAAUUGUCCGGGUCGAUGUGAUGCAUGCCAGAGGAACGAGCGGCCAUGCGAAAAGAGCAAUCCGUCCGUGA